AACCCGACUCCCGACUUGCCUCCUCCAAUUCACACACCACACGAAAAUCUAGCUUCCUGGAGCACCAACACAUCCUGGCCUCCAGUUUUGCAUCACCAUUCUGACAAUUCUUGCCCUUCCUUGCAAACUAAUUGUAGAGCAACUUCUUGUGGCAAGAACGGGCAAGAGAUGAAGAGCGUGGACGGAAAUGGAGGCAGCCGGCUGGUGGUGACGGAGUUGAGCCACAUCAAGCAGCUGGUGAAGCAGCUGGAGGUGCACCUGGGCGGGUCGCCCGACCUCUGCAAGCACCUGGCAUCGCAGAUCUCCUCCCUCACCGAGCGGUCCAUCGCCAUGAUCACAUCCUACAACCUCGACGGCGGCCGGAAGCAGUACGCAGCUGACGCCGGCCCCGUCUCGGCAACGCCCAGCCCACUCAGUGACGUCGCCGACGUGCCUUUCAAAACCACCAAGAAGAGGAAGAUGAUGGAGAAGCGGAAGCAUCAGGUGAGGGUGAGUUCGGCGGGCGGCGGCGAGAGCCCGGUCGACGACGGCCACAGCUGGAGGAAGUACGGCCAGAAGGAGAUUCUUGGAGCCAAGCACCCAAGGGGCUACUACCGGUGCACGCACCGCCACUCUCAGGGAUGCGCGGCGACGAAGCAGGUGCAGCGCACCGACGAGGACCCGACGCUUUUCGACGUGAUCUACCACGGCGCCCACACCUGCGUUCAGAGAAGGGCGGGAACAGACCAGGCCCCCGCGGCAACACCGCUGCCGGAGCACAACCCGGAGGCGCACAGCCUCCUGCAGAGCCUGAGCUCGACCCUGACUGUGAAGACUGAAGGUCUGGCCGUGGCCGCGGUGCACCAGAGCUGGAGCGCCACCACGCCCUUCUGCUUCUCCUCAACGCCGGUGAGCGGUUGCCUGGCGCCUGAGCACAGCCCGUUCUCCGAGCCGGAGACGCCGGAGAACUGGGGCGUCUCCCCGGCAGCCUCGGACUCGAACUACGUUGUCUCGUUCGCGCCGUUCGGUGCGGUGGCCAGGGAGGCGGAGUGGCGGGCGCAGUCCGAGCUCCAAGAAGUGGUCUCCGCCGCGGGCAUGGACUUCGCCGACGAGUUCUUCAACCUCGAUCCAAGCAUUUUAAGCUACUUCGCCAAUCCUGAUGAAGAAUAGGGAAUCGAAGCCGCUGAUGUGAUGUGACCACCCAUCUGCUCUGGCGUUUGUCCAGGGAUAGAGGAAGGAAGAGCUCAAGUUGUCCUUCCUGGGUCAGUGCAGGUGUAAACCAUUUGUUUCUUUUUUGACCUUAGGAUAUAGUACAGUGAACUUCCUUCUCUCUUUCUUUGAGGGUUCAAUGAAACUUCAAUGGUGUAAUUUGCACUACUACAAAAAAUCUUAUCAGUGCCGGUUGAAAAA